CCCACAGCUUUGCCGGCAAGCGAGGGAGACGCGCCGGGCUGGUUUGGAGCGCUGCGCGCCGCGCCGUCUUUUUUAACGCCGCAGUCUCUGCCGCUAGCCGAAGAAUCCGGGAGGUUAUCGAUGGCUCCGCGGCCGAGGCGGCGCCUUUGAUCCGGUCGCCGGGUCCCUUAGCUGCUGCAGCGCCGCAGGGUCGCCGGGCUGGAGGCGGGCGGGCAAAGACCUGACCUCGAGGGGCCGCCUUCCGAAGUGCAGGCUGAGCGAGGCCCUGCUUGAAAAUCACAAUGGCACGGUAAGGCGGAAGAAAGGACUUGGCUGUUCAUCCCUCGUGCCAGUUUGGUUCAGCCAGUGACGUUUCCGCCAGCCUCCAUUUUCUCCCCGCCAUGGCUAAGAGCGCAGAAGUGAAACUGGCUAUCUUUGGCCGAGCCGGAGUGGGAAAGUCAGCUCUCGUGGUGCGUUUUCUGACCAAACGGUUUAUAUGGGAGUAUGAUCCUACUCUUGAGUCCACUUACCGUCAUCAGGCCACAAUUGACGAUGAAGUUGUUUCUAUGGAAAUACUAGACACAGCUGGGCAGGAGGAUGCCAUUCAGAGGGAAGGCCAUGUGCGAUGGGGCGAAGGCUUUGUGCUGGUCUAUGACAUCACCGACAGAGGGAGCUUUGAAGAAGUCCUACCACUUAAGAACUUGCUGGACGAAGUUAAGAAACCCAAGAAUGUUACCUUGAUCCUAGUUGGAAACAAAGCAGACCUGGACCACUCGAGGCAGGUCAGCACCGAAGAAGGGGAAAAGCUGGCCACCGAUCUAGCCUGUGCAUUUUACGAGUGCUCUGCUUGUACAGGGGAAGGCAACAUCAUGGAGGCCUUUUAUGAGCUUUGCCGGGAAGUGCGGCGCCGGAAGAUGGUCCAGGGCAAGGCCCGGAGACGGAGCUCCACCACUCACGUCAAGCAAGCAAUCAACAAGAUGCUCACCAAAAUCAGCAGCUAAAAUAUUUCGCUUGUUUCGUUAAUAUAGAACAUCUCAACUGAGGUGGGGUGAAAAGGCCGGGUUGUGGGCAAUCAACAAGAUGGUCAAAGCUUUGCUCUUCCCUACACUGCCAAAACCAUCACAUUACUCUUCCUGAAAUUAAGAGAAGCAAAGCAGGUUUCUGGAGUUGGAGCAAUUACCAAAUAGAAUAAUUUUUUUAAAAUAAUAAAUUCACAGGGUCACUUAGAGAAUGGGGAACAUGGAAGAAUGUACCAGAUCGGUUACUGCUUCCCCUACAACACAGCAUGUUCACCUCUCACUAUUACUUGAUGACUUAUCACUGGCCAAUAGGUAAAUGAGUCUCCAGUCCAGAUUUACUGGGUGAUAUAUUCUUUUAUGGGGUCUUUUACCACUGGCAACUUAGGCUGUGUACACACAACAUUUUAUUCUAGAAUCAAAGGAGUAUGGAUGCAGUAUUUGUUUUUUCCUACAUAGUCCACACACACACACACAGGCUAGAUCUAGUGCAUUUUUAUUGAUUUGAGGAACUGGUUUCGUUCAGAAAACGAUAGCUCCUUGCAAGUUGAUUCUGCAUUGCCCCCAUUUGAAAGCAGAUGUAGGUGGUCCCAGCAGUGGGGGUUGCAUCCGUACCUGGCUUUGAUGAAGGAUGUAUAACAAGAAGGGAAUCAUCACUUCCUCCUUCAUUCAACUUGGUGCAUGUGCAGGGUGGAAAAGGUGUGGCUAAACUAAUCGAGGGGAGGGUUUUCAAAUCUGUACUGAGUAACCACACCCACUCUUGUGGACAGCAGGCUCUAGAAUCAAUCUAGUUUGAAGGCAUGUUGAGAAUGAGAAUGGUUUGAGCAUGUUGACGAUAAGCAAGAAUGAGAAAUGGGGACAACGUGAAUGCCGGUUUCCAGCAAGAUCUUGCUGAAAUCUGGCAAGAUCUCAUGAGAUUUUGAUAAGGUCUCACAAUGCCUUGCUGGAAAUUGGCACCGAGGCCAGAACUUCCCCACCAGGGGCAGAGGCAGUAGGGCUUUCAUGGGUGGCCCAGGCCUGGUUAGUGUGUACACAGCGUUAAUCUGCAUGUUGCCGAUUCAUAUAGCAUUUGAUCAAGAACAUCCACCCUUUCUGCCGGAUGUCUAAACCCCAUCCAUAAUCUAAGAAAGCAGAGGAAUUGUCACCUAACUCCUCCAGUGUGCUUACUGGCCUAUUGCAAGUGGGCACCUUAGCAAGCAUCAGCCUUCCCACCACCAGGAUGUUUUGGACCACAACUCCCAGGAGCCCCCAACAGCACCUGGUUGGAGAAGGUGGUCUAACUUGCUCAUUGUGGGCAAAGUGGCCUGUUGCUACCUACAUAACACAGAAGGCAGUCUCUGGGUUAGGAGAACGCUAUCUAUCAACGCUAUGUAUCUGGCUGUCAACCUAUGGAGGGUAUGGGAUGGAUUUCACACUUUUCACGACACUAUAUUAAUGCAUGGUCAAUUUUUCUUAAGAACAAAGCCGCCUCUUUCCUUGUGUCACUUUUCCCGAACCUUUAUGACACCUACAUUUUAGUAGGAUAUCUUUGUAAACUCAGCUAACGGAAACUCUUCAACGAGUUGGUAGGCUCAACUGGAUUUGUUACGUUAUGUUAAAAGUUUAUUUUUAUGCCGCUUUUCAGUUCCCCAAAGUAGUACAGAAAAGUGAAAAUGCAAAAAAUAAAAAGUUUAAAAAAAUAAAAUAUCAGUUACCAAGAGAUUGUAUGAAAAUGACACACUAUACGCUUGGCUGUGUACCUAUGUUUGUAAGCCCUGCAGAGAUAGACAGGAAAUAAUACUCAUUUCUUUAAACAAAGGUUUGGCUUUUUUCUUGUUCUGCUUCCUAACUGGUGGAUCCAUUUCUACUUUAAUUGGAACUGGCUAUAAAGAAACCACUUCGGCAGGUCCUGUUUAUUGUUGGGGUUGACAAGCCCCAUUUGUGCUGAUCAAAAGUUGUACAGUGGUCCCUCGACUUAUGAAUUUAAUCCAUUCCGAAGGCACCUUCGUAGGUCGAAAAAUUCGUAAGUCGAAAAACACCAUUGGAAAAGCGAUUUCCCAUAAGAAUGCAUUGGAAACGGAAAAAUUCGUAAGUCGAAGCAAUCCUGUCUAAAAAUUCGUAAGUUGAAAAAUUCCUUUCUAAAACUGCCGCAGUUUCCUUUCGGAUGUCGAGACAUUUGUAAGCACACGGCCAUGAGCCCCAUUCGUAAGUCAAAAAAUUCGGUUGUCGAAUCGUUCGUAAGUCGAGGUACCACUGUAUUUGUCUACAGUAUGAGCUCGGUACUGGAGCUGAUUCCAGGUUGGGUGGAGCUUGAUUUGUGCAAGGGCUGGAAUAUACGAGCAUCUGAAUUUCCUUGUAGAACGGGCCGAAGACAUUUUUCUGCCAGCCAGUCAAGGCACAAAGUACCCAAGGGUGGUCAAGUUGCUUUGGUGCCUGAGGCAGAAAAUAUCCCAAGUGUCUCUCCCUGCCCCUGCCAAUAAAAGCACAACAACAACCAAUUAAAUGACUAAAAGUGUGCUGUCCUUUCAUGGGGCUCCCCGAAUCAACUGCCUCAAUCUGCCUCAUAUAUGGGGAAUCUCAGGCCUGGGGGGUCAAAUGUGACCCUUCAGGCCCCUUCAUCUGGCCCUUGGGGUUUUCACCAGGCCACACACACCCCUCUCCAUCUGCCCCUCUUACCAGCCUGGCUUUGCACCCACCUUCAGUGGGGAAAAGCAGAAAUUGAUGUAGUGAUGAGAGAAGGAGCAGGGGGGAAAUCAUCUCCAAGCAAAGAGUUCAGAUCAGCUGCAUGGGGGCGGGAGAGAGAGGUGACAGAAAGAGAAAAAGAGAAAAAAUUCCUUUACAUUAAAAAAAAGUUCCCUGUCUAUGAUGUGGAGGAACAUCUGAAAGCUCUGGUCCCCACCCUUGUACCCCUCCCAAGUUUAUUAGGUACCCAAGAAGUUUAUGGUGUGACCAACACAGAAGCAUCUAUAGGAAUCGGCACACUUGAGUUGCCCAACAAGUGUGGCUAUUGCUAUCAUAAAUGGUCAAGAUUUCAGGAGGUUAUAAUAAUCUGAAAAGAUGGGUUUUGUUCCCUUUAGCCUGGCUAUUCAGUCAUCAAAGUGUUACAGCCGACUCUUUUAUUGCAAUGUGUUCCUGCCUAGAGCCCAGGGUACCACUUUCGAAAAGUGUUGAAGUAUAUUAAAGCUUUGCUUCCAGAAGUCUUUCAAUUUUGGCAGCCGUGUUGAAAGGAGUCAAUGUAACAUGACCCACUUUCAACUGGGUUUUCAGCAGCAGAAAGUAGCAGGGUUGAAAUAGCCCCCAUUACUUUCUUUACUUUGAGUUCUUUCUGCCGGCCACCACCGCUCCAAUUCCCCAGCUUUGCUCUCAUGCUUUCUGCGAUAUUCUGCUGGACAGCCCUGCACCCUACAUCCUGGGCCCACCAAGGCAGACCCCUUGCCUGGCUGAGUCACCUCUGUACCCCCUCACGUGCUGCCCCCUGGUGGUUGGGUGAUUGUGCUGCCAACACCUCCCCUCCCUGUUUUCAAGCGUGCUUAACCAGCAACGAUGAGCUUGCUCUACUAACGUAAUUUUAUUGUUGAUUUUAUGCCAUUCACUGCCGCGAGUUAUUUUUCUUAAUAUCAGUGGUAUAUAAAAUAAUGUAAGCCCGCUUGCACGUGCAAAAGGAAGGCUAGCAGCUACUCCCAGCAACCUCCUGCUGCUUAUCUAACAGCUGUUGUGUGCUGAGUGGCUCCUAGCCCAUGAAAGGACCACCGCCAAGUAUGUCUAUGAGCAAGCAUGCAACUAGGUGAGCUCAGAAGCAUGUGAUGGGGGUGGUGAGCAUGCUAAAGGCUGAGGAACCACCAAUACUGUGGUCCCAGUCAGUGCUGGGAGGGGACUGAGGGCAGCUUGCACAGAGCCCCUAAAAAUCUGAAGCUGACGCCGUUUACCAUACUAGCCAUCUGAUUGACAUAUGCGUGUUUUGCUGCACUAACUGGAGGCAAUGAGUGUAGUAGCAUCUGUGGUUGAGUUGUACAGAGGCCUACAAUGGCCAUCGUUUGGCUAAAAAUUGGUGAGAGGUUGUCAAGUCAGGGAAUGUGGAUUCCAUUAAACACAGAGUUCCAUACCCUCCAGCAUAUCUUCAAUAAAAAUAGGGCCAUUAUUAUCAUUAUUAUUAUUAUUAUUCUAUUUAUACUCCACCCAUCUGACUAGGUUGUCCCAGCCAUGCUGGGUGGCUUCCAACAUAACAAAACAUUAAACACUGAAAAAUUUCCCCGUACGAUGCUGCUUUCAGAUGGCUCAUGGGUCAGAUAGCUCCAUACCCUCCGAUGUUUCUCGAAUGAAAACAGGGAUGCCCUAAGGAAAAGUGGGGUGAAGUUAGAAACCGGGAUGGCUUCUGUAAAUCUGGGACUGUCCCUGGAAAAUAGAGACACUCGGAGGGUCUGGAGCUCUGCCUGUAGUGAAAGUGGUUUUAAGCCAGGGUUGCAUUAGCUAAUGGGGAGGAUAGGCAGCAGCAGCAACAGCUCAAUCUUACACACAUUUAUUUAUAAAUGGGUGCCAAAUCUUGAAGUUUUUAAAAAAGUCUGCUUCUUGAAUCCGGGAGGUAGAACCCGGAGCAGGUUAAGGAUGUUGCCCAGCUAAGGCAGCGAUUCUCAAACGUUUCUUCACAGACUGCUUGAAAAUGGCUGGCGGCCUCAGCAGACCACUUAAAGAACUUUCACAGCACAGGCAUAACUCAUAUUUUAAUAACAUCUUUCCUCCAGUGGCAGCAACGCAAGAGCCAGCAUUGUAUUAUGCUAAUCGUGGGCUCUAGCCUAGGUACCUUGGGAAGAUCCCCUUAAAGUGGUAAUUGUUUUCGGGAGAAAUUGGUAGGCUGCACCUGUACAGUAUUAAGAAAACCACAGGCCCAGUUGUUGUGACCCUGUUUGAUUACUUGGCUUUGGUUGGAAGGGAGGGGGAAGCAUCAUCAACAACAACAAAAAGUGCAGGGCCAAGCACAGAUGUUCUCAACUGUUCUGCAACAUUUCAGCAGACCAGCUGAAUCCGAAUGGAGGUAGUGGACUGCUAGAGGUCUGCAUGCCAUAUUUUGAGACCCCCCCUUAUGUGUGAAGGGCUGUAGCUGGAGCAUCUAUGUGAAAAAAGUCCCAGAUUCAAUCCCAAGUAUCUCCAGGUAGCUCUGGGAAAGUCCCCGUCUUAAGACAGACGAAUGGUCUAACUUGGUAGAAUACUGCUUCUGAUAUAUGUUUCUAAUCCACCUGGCAGGAUUGCUAUAAGGAUUCCCAAGGUCUUCAUUUUAAAGUGCCACAGUGUAUACUGUAAUUAUAUAAUCUCUGUUCACUAGAUGGUGUGCCACAGUCUGGGAACUGAUGCUACCCCUCAACUGUCCUGAUAAAAUUGGGACAUCAAGUUUUUGGGAGCCAUGCUCUCACACAGCAGUGGCAAAAUAUAUGAGAGCAUAGCACCCAAAAAUCCACAUUUGGGGGCUCUGUGCUCUCGCAUGAGUCUCGUGACUCACAUGGGAGCAUGGCCCAGAAGACGUGUGUCCUGAUUUUUGGCCUGGACCUGUUGGAGGCCAUGCUGAUGGAGAUGUUGCAUGGGGGGAGACAGGAGUGUAUCAUCUCACUUUCCAGGUGGGAACAUUCCAGGUCUGAAUGUAUCCUUUGUACUCAGACCCCCUUACAUGUGGCAAGCCAGCACUUCAGGGAGGUUCCUGGGCCUGCCUUCAAUGUAAUGUGAUGACUUUGUAACUAAUAGUGGCAUGAGGGCUUUUUCAAACAAGCAAACUGCAGGCAGAAAUUUAUUUGAAGUGGUGAAGAUGGUACCUUGUGCUCUGCUCACCAUUUGGUUCUGUUCCAAGUCAAUACAUGAUCGGUCAUAUUUUCAACGGUUUAGCAUUACACAAAACUUGUGGAAGGCAGCCAGAAAGGAAAUGUCUUUGAAACCCCUAUUAUUCAUAUUUUGUUCUAUCAAUGAUUAGCCUCAACUCUAAUCUUUUCUUUACUUGAUUUGAAAGCGGGGUGGGCAUCGUUUCAACAUGCAUUUUUUGUAAUACUUUGUACUGGAGGAGAAGGGACCUAAAUGAUUUUUGCCAGAUGGACAUUGAGUUUGGCUGCUUUUUGUCCCCACCCCCAAGUAUUUUGUUUUUAAUGGCUUGAGGUAUUCGGCUUGAGGUAUUCACAUAUCUUUUCAGAAAGGAAACGAAAGCGUUUGUAAAAUAUAGAGGCUUUAACUGAACAAUAUUUCUUGGCUAUUUGGCAUAGCUGACUUUAUUUUCCUUGAAAACAUUAAUCUAUAAUAAAAGUGUCAUUUUAAAAGC